AUGGGCAAAGAGGAAGAAGAAGAAGAAGAAGAAGAAGAAGAUGAUGAUGAUGAUGAUGAUGAUGAUGAUGAUGACGACGACGAGGAUGACGAUGAUGAUGAUGAUGAUGAUGAUGAUGAUGACGACGAUGAUGAUGAUGAUGAUGAUGAUGAUGAUGAUGAUGAUGAUGAUGAUGAUGAUGAUGAUGAUGAUGAUGAUGAUGCCUGA